GGUGAUAAUGAUUUUGUACAGAAAAAAAGAUCUUUUAAGUAAACUGUUUAAACAAAGAAGCUGGUAGCAACAUAGUGAGAAAGAAUUUGGAGAAGAGAACUAGAGGCAUCAAGUUAACAGCUUAUUUACUAGCAAAGUCUGACAUCAUGUUUAGGACUUGUUAACAUACCAAGAAGUGUACUGAACAAGUCACAAGUCACAGUGGGUUGAUAACAGGGAUCUUUGUGGUUGUCGUCACUGCAUGUUGAAAUCUUUAAAAGAAUUUUUUAAAGUAAUAUAUAGAUGUAACUGUUAAUGCUGAAUCCGAAUUUGUUUAUUCAUUUAUUCCAGAAAAUUUUGCAAAACUUCUACAGGUGUUCAAACUUUGAUAAUUUUCAGAAUUUUCAGCCAAUCAGAAAACAACGCCUCUUCCAUCAUCUGUCACAGUAAUGAGAAAGUGUGACAUGUAAAAACAUUAAACUAGCUACAGUAAACAGCAAAAAACAUAAAAAACUUUGUAAGCAAAUUAAAUAUUUAAAAGAUACAAGCAAACCAACAGGAGUUGCUAGAAAUAACAAUCAAAACAGUAGUUAAUUUGCUCAUGUGUCUAAAAAGAAAGGUUUUCAACCAGUGUGUGCUGCUUACAAUUACAUAUACAUCUAAAAAUAGACUACCAACAAGAGCAUCGAAAAUAAAUUAAAAGCAACACAAAGAGCCAUGGAAAGGAGAAUGCUGAAGAUUAACAAAAAAUGAAUCCUUUUGUAGAGUUAAGUCUGCCAAACGUUUCUUCACCUCGUGGACUGCUACUUAACUAUGAUUCUUCAAGCAGACCACCAGAAUCCCGAGGAGGUUAUCGUUUUGGACAGCUUAGCAAGAAUUCGUUUUUUACCCGACACAACCCACAUCCAAAAAGAGUUAAACAUAUAAAAGGUUUGCUAGAUGUACCAAUAUGUACAGUACUUGAUUGGGACAUACCUCCUAUUUCUCCCAGAAAGGAUUCAGGAUAUAAAAAUGAAGUGUCUCUUUCUUUUAUAUCUGACACCGAGCGAUUCAAAAGACUAAGACAUUUUUACAAAGAGAAAGUAUUACCCAACUAUGGACCAUUAGCCUUAAUGGAGGAUUGGAACGAUGAAUUCCACAACUUUACAAACCAGCUAGGACUUACAUUACAGAAUACAAAUGUAAAAAGUCAAUUUCCUAACAAAGCAAAGGACAGAAAAUCUCAUUCAAGUGGUUGUGUGUAUUCUUCAGAAACCGGUCGUUUAAUUCCGCCUCCAUCUAGAGCGAUCUCAAAACAUCGGAUGCAUACUGGACAAAGAGAAUUAUUAGCCAAUCCAGCACUAGGUAUAGUUGACCAACAAGAAUUAGAAAACACUGUAUUAACUAUAUUAUGUCAGAUUCUUCAGACCAGUGAUAUGGAGGCUAUUCAAGGAUGGUUAAUAUGUGCCAGUGAUAAAGAAAAAAAUUUGGUGAGCAACUUGAUAAAAGCAGCUGUUCUUAGCCAAACGAAUAACAGUGUUAAUGUUCAAAAUGUGAAUGGCAGAGAGCAUCACCAAAUAACAACUCUGCCACCUAUAAGAGAGAACACAGCAGUUAAGGAUAUAACCUUUUCCAAUAAUAUUAAUCAAGAAAACAGGAAAAAAUCUUCAAAAGUAGACAGGUUAAUUCUUGAAAGUCCAACUGAACCUGAAGGAAAAGCAGCAGGAAACCAGAAUUUUCAUAAUUCAGUGUCAAAUAGACCUUCAACAGACACAAAAAUAAAUGAAAGUGAUAAAUUAAAAGAUCAUUGCUGCAAUGAAGGAAUGAGAAGAUCAGUAGAAAAAUAUAUAUCGAGAGAUGAAAUUUUGAACUGGAAACCCAAGGAGCAAUAAUUUUUUUUUUUUAAUAAAUUUAAAGAUCUGUCAAAUAAAAUUUCUAGAUUUAUCUUCUUUUUAUAUUCAAAAUUAUCAAAUUCCAUUAAAGAAUCCAUGAUCACAGAGACUGGAUGCUACUGUUAUUGUUA